GGGAGACCUCUCGCACUCGGCCGCAGUCCUCAUCGCCGCGCCUUCGUAUGAGCUGUGUGUCGCCGCCGGUCACCCCCCGCGCCCCGCGACCUGCCGUCUCGCCCGCAUUCUAGUCGUGGGUGUCGCGCUGUGCAGUCCUCGCGUGUGCCUCUGAACAUAGUGCGCCGUUAGUGAGUGCUUACUUAUCCCGCACCAGUGUCAGUGUCUUAGAAGAUCCCGUGCCCCGCCGCGGAGGAUGUUAACAGCCCACGAUAACAGCUGUUGACGUCUGCAGUAGUAGCCAGCCUGCCGGCACUUUUUAUUUUCGCCCCCGUUCCCUACAUCCCCUUUCAAGAUUGCUGCCACCAUGGGUCGGAAGAAAAUACAAAUAUCCCGGAUUACGGACGAACGGAAUCGGCAGGUUACUUUCAACAAACGUAAAUUCGGCGUAAUGAAGAAGGCGUAUGAGUUGAGCGUGCUAUGCGACUGUGAGAUUGCACUCAUCAUAUUCAGCUCCAACAACAAACUGUACCAAUAUGCAAGCACGGACAUGGACAAGGUUCUGCUGAAAUACACGGAAUACAAUGAACCGCACGAGUCCCUUACGAACCGCAACAUCAUCGAGGCACUCACAAAGAAAGAGCACAAGAACGGAGUGAUGUCGCCUGACAGCCCGGAAGCCGAACCCGAAUACAACCUGACCCCCCGCACCGAAGCCAAGUACUCGAAGAUCGACGAGGAAUUCCAAAUGAUGAUGCAAAGGAACCAGUUGAACGGGAGCCGCGUCGGCGUUGGCGUGACGGGAAGCAACUAUAACCUACCGGUCAGCGUGCCUGUCGGGAACUACGAUCAAUCCUUACUCCAAGCUAGUCCACAAAUGCAUACCUCUAUCAGUCCACGGCCAUCGUCUUCGGAAACCGAUUCAGUAUACCCAAGCGGCGGAAUGCUCGAAAUGUCAAACGGAUACCCAGGCUCCGCAUCACCACUGGGGGCGGGAUGUACCCCGUCGCCGUCCCCCGGCCCCGCUCCCUCUCCCCACCGACACCCGCACAAGUCCCAUGCCCACGCUCCGCCACCGCACCACUCGCCCCGACACAACAACCUGCGCGUCGUUAUACCUAGUUCAAUGCCACCACCGCAAGAUGACAUAUCAUAUGCAGAGACACCACUAAGCUAUUCACUCACCAACUUCGGACCACAGGACUUCAGUAUGACCUCGGACAUGGGAAUCGGACUGACGUGGGGCGCUCACCAACUGCAGACGUUACAACACAACAGGUACAUUGGCAGCCUGCCGGUAUUGGGUGGUGGGGGAACUCCUCCACCGGCCGCGUCACCAAGCAAUGUGAAGAUCAAAGCGGAACCAGUAUCGCCGCCACGCGCACCAGAUCACUUGCAUCGCGGCCCUCCUCCUGCCAGCGUACCACAGCCCGCACAUCAAAUGCCAGGAGUCAUUGAUGGCUCAGUUUCGUCUAGUAACAUGGGCUCGCCGGCAGGCCAAGACAUGAGGCACUCCAACGCCGUUGCGCUUGACUACGAGCAGCCCCAUACCAAGCGGCCGCGGAUCGAGGGUUGGGCCACAUAGCUAGGCUAUGAGGCCUUCGGUCCCUACCCGAGGCCCCUCCACCCGCACUGCUAAGCGAGACCGCACGAGACCGCACGAGUCCGCACGCGGCCGCACGAGGCCAACGGCGCCGCACACCGGCCCGCGAACAUAACUCAUACACUAAACGGUGCUGGAUCGAACACAGCGUACUCUUAUACAGAAAGGUGCAUCUAAACUGAAGGUGCUUUUGAUGGCACGGUGAGAAAUCAAACAUGGACCUCUUACGAGACUUUUCAUUGGCUCAUCCAAAAAUGGGCGUGACCCAUCACAGAUCUUUGAGAUCGAAUGUUAAAUGUUCAAGUUUACACUAUUUAAUAAUACGUAAUUAAUGUUAAAUUGCACGCGCGAUUACACUCGUAUAAAUAAAUAAAUGUUAAAAAUUAUUAAGUACAAUAAUGCUAGUUGCAACCCUUCAGAACAAUUUUGAACUGUUUAAUAUAUUAUGUAUUAGAUAUUUCUCCUGUAAUUCCCUUGUACAUAGUUGUCAUUAAAUGUGCAAUCCGUGCCAUUGUUUGUUUAGCUUAAAGUUAGUCAAUCUAAUUAUAGUAACUGUUUAUACAAUAAAUUGCACUAGAAUACGGUUCGGAGUUAGUAACGCAUCAGCCGGCGGAGUUGUGUGUUGUGUCACGUGACGGACUGUAACAUUCUAUCAGUGCGUUGAAGACUUAUACAAGCGACUGUUGACUUUGUGUUAGUGUUUUAAAAAAAAAAAA